GGGAGGACAUGGUGUGGAUGGCUGUCUUCACAAACACUGGAGGAGAGUUUUACGCACCGAACACCAGUCUUUUUCUAUUAACAAAGAAGAAGCAAAUAGAGGCGCAGAGGAGACAUGCUGACGAAUUGCACGAUUGGAUGUUGGACAUGUCUGCGUUUGAUCAUCUGCAGAUGUGUUAAGAGUAAAGCAGCAGGGAGAAAUCAGAGUGUCUCAUAACAAGGCAUGGCUGGGAAACCUUUCCGGGCCACCUAUAUCUGGACUAGCAUCAUUUCUAAUCUCCAGACUCAUGUGGAAGUGAAGCACCGGCGCCACAACCUGAAGUCCUACAAUGACUGCUUCCUGGGUUCAGAGGCUGUGGAUGUAGUGUUGACACACAUCACACUCAACCGUUUCUUUGGUGAUGAAGCAGUCCCCCGCCGCAAGGCGGUCCGUUUAUGCCAGGCCCUCAUGGACUCAAGGGUGUUUGAACCUGUGGGCAUUAAAGUAUUUGGGAAGGAAAAGAAGAAAGCCACUUUCGAGGACAGUAGUUGCAGUUUGUACAGGUUUUUGAGUCUAGCAACCAGUCCCUCAUCAGUGCUGACCAACACCAACUCCCACUCUACUUCUACCAUUGAGAGCGGCUACGACUCACCGACCGUGAACCGGAACAAGAGUGGCAAUACUUUAUCAUGUGACAGACAAGAGGUGCCAAGCUUUUUCAGCCACUCCCCUGUAAAAACAGACAAGUUACUGGAGGAUGUGUUGGGAAACCUCAACCUCAGUUCAACCGUCACCCCUCAGAUGAUCAACCUCGGCCUCUCAGAAGAGCGUUUGUAUGAAGUGUGGCACCAGCAGGCUGUGUCCAGAUUGCUGCAACUCAUAGAGCUCCCUUUGUUGGAGAACCUGUUAGAAAAUGAGGGCACAUCACGGUCACCCCUGAAUGGCACAGACAGUGACCCAGACCUGUCAUAUAGAUCGAGCUACCUGGACAGAGAGGUUCUGAAGGCCUUCGGUGAAGCUCAGGCUGAUGAAUGGAUGUCAGGGGCAGUGGACUGUACUGAGUUUCUGCCUGAUGAACUGGUGGUGGAGGUCAGUCGAGGUUUGGCUGGUUGUGCAGAUGACCUGCUCCAGUGUAAGAGGCUGUUCUAUCAGGUCUUGGUGAAGCAUUACGGAAGCACACAACAGCCGCCUCUGCUCAGCAACCAUGUUUUUGAUAUCCACUCUGGCAUUUCGGAACUACUGGUGAAUGGGAAACUGGAGCAAGCUCUAGAGGCGCUGCAGCUGUGCCUGAAGCUGCAGAACUCUCGCAGCAAAGAGGAGCUACGUAGGCUGCUGAGAUUCAUGGCCACUGCAGCCAAACCACAGGAGGUGAAACUGCACAAGGAGAUUGAGAACAGAAUGGCGGUUAAAAGGUCCUUCUCAAGUGCCAUCAUCUACAGUGGAAGGCUGUCUAAAGGAAAGGUGGACUUGAUGGUUCUGUUCAUGAUGGACAACCAUGGUGAUCUCUUCAAAAUUCCUGCGUCAUUGCACAAGAUGGUUUGUGACAGAAUAAUAAAUAUUGUAAACGGGAAGGAUCCAGAUGCAAUCACAGGGACAACAUACUGUGCAAGAGUAAGUGCAAAAGUCUGUUCUGAAAAUGCAGAGAAAACUACUAAAGAGGAGCUACUGUCAUUGCUGCGGACAGUCCAUGAGAACCCUAAACUCUCAAACAAAGAGAAGAGACGGCUUCUGGGACAGUUUUAUAAAGGUCAUCCUGAGAUUUUUGUUCAAUACUUUGGAAAUAGAUUAUCCACUAUCAACUUGUUGCUACGAUAACAUUUGUUAGUCUAAAAAAAAGAGGGAGCAGUUUGAACAAAAGGCAAAUGUGCAAAUGAUGUAAAAAUUUUAGACUACUGAGUAAGAAUGUGACAUUUAAUUGUAAAGUCUCUCAAUAAGCUGCAAUAUUUAAGGAGAUAUUUAUUUGUUUUUGGUGCAGGACACUAGAAUGAAAUGUAAAGUUAGGUCUGAAUGGGAAUGUUACUUUGGUAAUAGUCCUCACACUGCAAUGAAGCUUAGCGAUAUACCUCUGCAACCAGUAAAGACUAAAUCUGCAUAAAGCUUGUUAAUGGACAUUUUCUGUUAUCCUUGUGCAGCAGCUUCAGUGUUGGUGACAAAAAUAUGUGGUCUGGCUUCUCAUGUACAUGUUGAUGCGCUAAGAAACUGUGAGAAAAAACUGGAGAUUUGAAAGUCUGUUUUGCUCUUGUAAACAGUAAGAUGCAUUUAUGAGAACUGGCCCCCAGGGUUUUUGUGUUUUUUUAUUAUUUUGACUGAAAAGCUUAGCCAUGUUUUAGUGGCAUCUUCAAGUUUAUAUAAUCUUCUAAUCCACUGAAGGAACUGCUUGUAUCUCUUCAAGUGAAAAACCACAAUGUUGUUUGUAUUUUCUGAUCAAAUUCAACUGGAUCUGUAACAUUCAUGCAGUGUAUGUCUGUUCUGACAAAAAAACUAACUGGCAUCUGGUAUGUCAAGUAAAUUUUGAAGUCUAUUUUUCAUUGAUUUUUUUCAGGUAGAAACAAUUUCACAGCUGACUCCUUUUUAACAAAGUGGCAUAAUUGUGAAACUUAAUGCUGUUUUAUGUAUCUGAAGUUCCUUUAAACUAAUAAAACAUGUGAAUGGGACAUGAAACAGUUGUUUGGAAAGCCAGAACUGUUUUUCAUUAUACAGA